GUCAUUGAUGGAAUUGAUUAUCCAUCGUACACGUGGGUGGACAAACUCACUGCGAUGAUCCGAAUCCAAGUUGAAGGGCUGCGCUAUCGACUCACCAUUUCCCCCCUCCCACUGCACCAGACAGACAGACAGACAGACAGGCGGGCACAUGAGAGAGAGGGGAUGAUGAAUACACACGCACCCGUGCACAUGGUGAAGUGUGGGAGGGCUGCCAUCCGCUCACCACUUCCCCCCUCCCCAUUGCACCAGAGGAUUCCGAUACACGUACCCACAAAAGGGUGUGUAGAACGCACUACAGCCGUCGCCCUACAGUUCAAAUCUCUCUGCCUGCGAUGAAUCAAUCAUCCUCCCUCCCUCCCUCCCUCCCUCCAAUCCUGCCUUGAACACAGACCAAAACAACAUUCAAUUCGUCAGCCAGCUGAUAUCAGCUGUGAAGGCUGAACAAACCAAUCCCUCCCCUCCCCCGACACCAACGUCACUACAUUUCUACGUCUACCCCUGGGACUACCGCGUCUUCUUAUCUCUUUCCUCUCUCCUUCUCGCCUCGACACACAACCAGACAGACACGAAAAUCAAAUCGACAGCCAGCCGGGUGUCUGGCAUAUAGUCAGCCAGCCAUGCGGUUGCAGAUAGUGCAGCAUAUAUAUAAGGUUAUGUACACGGGUGGAUAAAUGCCGGCCCGGUGACGAGAACUCGCCUCGUUCCUCGCUCUCCUGAGGAAGCCGUAGUCGCUUACUGGCAAUCCCCCUCAUCGAAGCCGCACUGCUCAACAUUGCAAACUUCGUCGCAUUCUCCGUCGCCGAGCCACUCCUCAAAACAGUACACAGCUGCACACGCACCCGAUGGAACUGACCCGCCUGAUAUUUACGCGCACGCACACAUACAAACAGCACACACCAUGGCUGAGUGCUCGGUUCUCUGCCUGGAUUGCUUUCCCCGUCACUUACUCUCCUCCGGUGGCGGCGUACUGUCCUCGGGUGGCGGCGUCGUGGCGCCCUCACAAUCGCCAUUGUCGAAGUUACACUCUUUGAUGUUGCACACGUCAUCGCAGAUGUCAUCCCCAGGCCACCCCAUCGCACAAUCCAACGGACAGUCGGGCAUAUCGGCUGACAGAUAAAUUCACAGAUGCUUAAUAGGCAAGUGAGCAUCACAAAUACACGCGCCUGUCUGACUUGCUCUCUCGCUCUCCUCCCUCCCUCUCUCCCUGCCUCACGUCUGUCGCAGUCGCCCCCAUCGAAAUUGCAUUCCUCUCUAUGGCAGUAUUCGUUGCAAUAGCCGUCACCUUAAUACGAACCACAUCACAUACAUGGCCAAUCACUCACACAGAUCCGCUCCUUAGAAGGAGAGAGUUGUGCUUACCGAUUUCCGUCUUAGUGCAGACCAUGUACUCAUCAAGCUCAUCCCUCCAACACACCGGCGUCUCGCAGUUGCCGCCAUCCAUAGCGCACGCGUCGACGGCACAUGGCGCGUCACACACGUCGUUCAGCAGCAUCUCAACUGCAAGAAAAGGGGAGCAUCAAAUAAGAUACAUUCCAUCCGUCUUGUCCCUGCUUUCCUCCCCGCGGUGUCCUAUUCGCAGCCCUUACUUGUGCAUCCCUCAGCGCAAUUGUGGCAGUCUGGCAACAAUGAUAACAACGACAUAAAUCCAUGAACACACUCAUAUAUCCGUCAUCACGGCGCUGUCUGUGAUGCACUUACCGCCGCAGUCAAAACCGCAGAACUCGUUCAGACAAGCGAUUUCACAGAUGCCGUCGCCCAGGGAACUGUCGUAACAGCUCGUCGAACACUCACCCUUGCAGUCCCCUCCAUCACGGUUGCACGCUUCGGUGUUGCACUCUGUGUCGCACUCCCAGUUUCCUACAGGGAUCCAACAAACGCACAAACGUAAAGGGUGGCAAAUGAAGAGACGGCAGGGGUGUGGUGUUCAGACCUAGCUUCUCCUGAGGACAAUCGCAGGCAAUGUAGUUGAAGGCAGACAUUGGCGAGCAUAUGGCUGCAGUCACACAUCACACGCAGGUGUUUGGGGGUGGGGGGCGUGCCGUGUGGUUUGGUGCAGCUGAUGUCUUACGAUUGCGUCCGUUCCAUCGAAAUCACAUUCCUCCACGUUGCACGCCUCAUCGCAGCGCCCAUCGUUGAUCAUUGCAGCCCGCCCAUGGAUAUCCUUCGGGCUGCAGCCAGGCGCACACCAACCUGCACAUGACACACACCCAACGAACACAUCCUUCAUGGAGAUCUACCAGUGAUCGUUUCACACCGACCUUCGCAGUCCCCGCCGUCGUUGCCACACGCCUCAACAGCACACGGUCCAUCGCACCACCGAUCGCCGAUCCAGUCGUCCGGACACUCGACCUGCAAAGGCACACAUACAGCGAUGUGGGAUGAGUGCGCGUUGCCAUAGGACGACAGCCUCUUGUGUGAUGUGCCCGUUCGCUCACCGGACAGUCAGGGUAUGGCGAUGAGGCGUUGCGGGUCUCCUCCGAAGGUGCGGGUGUGACGUCAGCCUCCUCCAUGACAGAGGGCGGCACCAGCACACGCUGCAGCAGAUGCACAUAGCCAUCCGUGCCCUGCUGCUCAGAGUCCAACACCACAGGAAUGCCACCUUCAAACACCCCAACAACACAGACGCAUAUGAGGCGGCGCUUCAAGUGCAUCCUCGCCCAUAAUAUUAUCAGCGUGCGUCAACGUACCAACAGUGAUGUUAUCCCCGUCGGCGAGGAUGGGAAGCAUGGAUCCCUCGAGUGUCUCGAGUUCGCUGUCGCUCUGUGCGGCCAGUUCCUGUGUGCCGAGUGCGCCCCUCACGACGUGGUACUGAAGCACUGCGGUGGCGAGUGCGUCGUCAGUGGCGAUCCUCUCGAAGAGGGCCGGGUCGACCUGUGUGACGGCGUCGUCGGUCGGCGCGAACACCGUGUAGACCUCGCCGGGCUUCAGGUAAGACGCAAUGUCGUAGCUCCGCCAGAGGGCCUUGAGUUGGGGCGUGUCGUAGCCAUUGUCGAUGAUGGACAAGACUGUCUGAUCCGUCGUCUCGCCCUCGACCACCUGCAAAAAGCGCCUGCACAGCACACAACGGGCGAAUAGACGUCAUGCAUCUUCCUCACUCUCACUGGCAGAGAUCUCUGACCUUUUUGCUUUCGGGGCGCUCGCACAGACCGCCGCCGCAGACAAUAGGAAGAAGGCGCAGAGAACACGCAUGUUUGGGGAGUGGAAGCCUCUGAGUGUGGGGGAGGAUAGAUGAGUCGCGUUCUUUCGCAAGGGGCGGGAAGAGAGGGC